GGCAGUUUGAGUACGUCACACGAUCUGUGUGUGCUCUUCGUCAUUUUCAUGCGUUCUUUAAACAACCACAACAACCCAGCUCUCCAAAUGCAUUAUGAUUAUUAUUUGAGGAUUGUUAAACAAUGUAAAUGACAGCGGAGCCCAGAUAGAUAAGAUUAUUAUUCGAAUGAUUCGAAAUAACCUGUUAAUCUUUAUCAGCCAAUGCUGCAGUGAUGAAGAAUGAUGAAGAUCAGGAGACUCUGGGAGAGAAACUGUAUGAUCUGAUUUAUCCUAAAUACUCUGAGAUGACACCUAAACUUACAGGUAUGCUGCUGGAGUUGCCUGUUUCUGUUGUGGCUCAGAUGUUACAUGAUGAAGCUCUCCUGAAUAAAGCAUUGGAGAGAGCACUGACCGCUCUCACAUCAUCUGACCAUAGUGAACCUGUGUCUCACACUGAUGAUGCGGUGUCUGUGUCCUCCGACUCUCUGGGUGAACAGCUGUAUGACCUCAUUGACCUCUACAACACUGGACAUACACAGAAAAUAACUGGCAUGUUAUUGGAGCAGAAGAAGGAGGCGGUGCUUCAGCUGCUGUCGGAUCAUGUGCUCCUCGAGGAACGGGUCAAGAUUGCCUUGAAAACCUUGCAGGAGCAGGGUGACGAGGCGACAGACGUGAGUGACGGCUCAGACCGAGAGGAAGUGGAAUCCAUUGGCGAGACACUUUUCAGUUUUGUGCAUCAGUUAGACCCCGCCCACUCUGCUGACAUCACAGGGAUGCUACUGGAGAUGGAUUCUGGAACUCUGCGACAGAUUCUGUCCGACCGGAGCAUGUUGGAAGUUGCAGUUCAGAGAGCAAAAAGUGCACUGGAGGGGGUUUUGAGCCCAACACACACACAAAUGUCAGAAUGAGGAAUGGAAUGACUUGAGGAACUCUCUACUUGGGACUUUUGGGCCCAAAUUGCUGUACAUUUUACAUGUAUAUUUCAAAACUAUGUUUACAUGGACUUCUUUUCAUGGAUUAUUUUUUUAGGAUUUUUGCCACUUUUUAUUGAUAGGAAUAGGGAAGAUAAAAUUACUGUGAAAGAAAAAGGGUGGAAUUGCAUCAGGAAAACAAACAGGCCGGAUCUGAACCUGCAUGAGAGACUAAGCUAGAUGUGUCCGGACUCUAGAGCAUCUGCACUAAACAUUAGUUCAUGGUUUCGGCAUUCCAGGGGCGGCUGCACAUUUACAUUCUUCUGUUGAUUUGUGUCGUAUAAAUCAGCUAUAAAAUAAUAUAUGUCUGUAAAUAAAGAAUGAAGAGUUUCAUACUCUAGUUUUGUAUGAGAUUCAUGUAAAUUCUACUAAUAUUACAGCCAUGCAGAUAAUAAAGACAUGAUGAAAUGCUUUUAAGUACACAGUUUUCAA